GGAAGCCGGAAGAGUUCGGACUGACUUGGAGAACUCUAUGGGUCUGUCCCGGAACCAGCCGAUGGUACAACCGCCUCCGAGCAGCCUGCGGCCCAGAGUGUUCACAUGACGGAGUGGAGCCGGGCCUCCCAUUGGAGUUUUGGCCAUGACGGCCCUUUUCCAGUGGGCCAGAGAGCAGUGGCGACGUCUGGUCUCCCCCGCCGCCGGCCGGGGGGAUAGAGAGAGAUCGUACAGCUACUCGUCUCUGCUGGCGUGCGGUCGCCCCCCACCGCCCCCCUCCGGCAAGCACAGGGUGGUCGUUCCGCGCCUGCCCCGCUCUCAGGGGGGUCACGAGAGCAUGCUCGACUUCUACAUGGACAAUCGAAUCCGGACCACCAAGUACACCCUCCUCAACUUUGUGCCCAGGAAUCUCUUUGAGCAGUUUCACAGGGCUGCCAAUCUGUACUUCCUAUUCUUGGCGGUGCUGAACUGGGUGCCACUGGUGGAGGCUUUCCAGAAGGAAAUCACCAUGCUGCCGUUAGUGGUGGUCCUCACCAUCAUCGCCAUUAAAGACGGCCUGGAAGACUAUCGGAAAUACACCAUCGACAAAAAGAUCAACAACCUGCUCACCAGGGUGUACUGCAGGACCCAGCGGCAGUACGUGGCCCGGCGCUGGAAGGACGUCAGGGUCGGAGAUUUGGUUCGCCUGUCCUGUAAUGAGCUCGUCCCUGCAGACCUGCUGCUGCUGUCCUCCUCCGACCCGGACGGGCUGUGCCACGUCGAGACCUCGGGCCUGGAUGGGGAGAGCAGCCUGAAGCAGAGGCUGGUGGUGCGAGGCUGUUCAGAGCCGGACUCUGAAGUCAAUCCCGAGACCUUUUUUGGUCGGAUAGAAUGUGAAAGUCCCAAUGCUGACCUCAACAGAUUCCGCGGUUACCUAGAGCACGCCACCCGGGAACGAGUGGGUCUCAGCAAAGAUAAUCUGCUGCUGCGGGGCUGCACUCUCCGAAACACCGAGGCGGCCGUCGGCAUCGUGGUCUAUGCAGGCCACGAGACCAAAGCCAUGCUGAACAACAGCGGGCCCCGCUACAAACGCAGUCGGCUGGAGCGGCGGGUCAACACGGACAUACUGUGGUGUGUUCUGCUGCUGCUCCUCAUGUGCCUCAUCGGGGCUGUGGGCCACGGAGUCUGGCUGAGCAGCUUCACGUCGUCACCCCCCUUCGCCGUCCCCGCGCCGGAUGGGCAGCCCCUUUCUCCAGCCUCGGCGGCAUUCCACAUGUUCUGGACCAUGAUCAUCCUCCUACAGGUCUUGAUCCCCAUUUCUCUGUACGUCUCCAUCGAAAUUGUCAAGCUGGGCCAGAUCUACUUUAUCCAGAGUGACGUUGACUUGUACCACGAGAAGACGGACUCGAACGUGCAGUGCCGGGCACUGAACAUCACCGAGGACCUGGGGCAGAUCCAGUACCUGUUCUCGGAUAAGACCGGGACCCUGACCCAAAACAAGAUGGUCUUCCGGCGCUGCAGCAUUGCCGGCCAGGAUUACUGCCACCGAGCGAAUGCCAGGAGGCUGGAAUCCUACCACGAGGCCGACUCCAUGGAUGAGGACUCGGCCGACUCCCCGAAGAGCCCGGCGGGUCAGGGGCCCGGCCCUGGGGGUGUCCACUCUCGCCCCACGACGGCGUUCAGCAGCCCCAUUGAGACGGACGUGGUCCCGGACCCCGGCCUCUGGCAGGAGCUCAGCCAGGCUGCUUCCCAGUUGGCGUCCCGGCCGGGGGACGCUGACGAUACUCAGUCCCCCAAGCCGAUGCAUGUUGUCGACUUCUUUCUGGCCAUGGCCAUUUGUAAUACAGUAGUCGUCUCUGUGCCCGACCAGCCCCGGCAGAAGGUGAGACCGUCCUCGCAGGCAGGGCUGCCCGCCAAGUCCCUGGAGGAAAUCAAAAACCUCUUCCAACGCCUCUCGGUCCGAAGGUCGAGCUCGCCGGUGCCACCCUCGGGGAAGGAGCCAUCCGCCGGAGGCCCGGGCACCGGGGUUGGCAAACCGUCCCCGCUCGGCCCGGGGAAGUCGGGGUCCCCAGGCGCCGACUGCCCCGAGCCUCCCCCUGGCCAGCCCCCGGCCUCGGGCCUGUGCUACGAAGCAGAGAGCCCAGACGAGGCCGCGCUGGUGCACGCGGCGCGGGCCUACCGCUGUACCCUGCAGGCCCGGACCCCCGGGCAGGUCACCGUGAGCCUGGCGGCACUGGGGCCUCUGACCUUUCAACUCCUUCACGUUCUGCCCUUUGACUCGGUGAGGAAGAGGAUGUCCGUCGUGGUCAGGCACCCCCUGUCCGACCACGUGGUUGUGUACACGAAGGGCGCGGAUUCCACCAUCAUGGACCUGCUUUUGUCAGCCUGUGACGCGGGCGAUGGUCCCGGGCAGCAGCAGAUGGCGGUCAGAGAGCAGACCCAGAGGCACCUAGACGACUAUGCCCGCAGGGGCCUGCGCACCCUGUGCCUCGCCAAGAAGGUGCUGAGCGACGCAGAGUAUGCGCAGUGGCUAGAGCGUCAUUCGGUAGCCGAGACCAGCAUUGAAGAGCGGGAGCAGCUACUCCUGGAGUCCGCCGUCAGGCUGGAGAAGGGGCUCACCCUGCUCGGGGCUACGGGCAUUGAGGAUCGCCUGCAGGAGGGGGUUCCCGAGACCAUCGAGGCCUUGCGGAGAGCGGGAAUCCGCAUCUGGAUGUUAACCGGGGACAAGCAGGAGACCGCCAUGAACAUCGCUUACGCCUGCCGCCUCCUGGAACGGGACGACAGGGUGUUCGUCCUCAGCACGCAGAGCUCGGAUGCCUGCGCCCUGCUGCUGAGCUCCAUCCUGGAGGAGCUGGCGGGUCUCCCCGGCGUGAGACCGGCUGCCGGGCUGGUCGUGGAUGGGCGGACGCUGGAACUGGCGCUGCAGGAGGGGCUGCAGAGUCGAUUCUUGGCCCUGACCGGCCGCUGCCGCGCCGUGGUCUGCUGUCGGGCCGCGCCGCUGCAGAAGAGCCAGGUGGUCAAACUGGUGCGCAGCUCUCUCCACGUCAUGACCCUGGCCGUCGGGGAUGGCGCCAACGAUGUCAGCAUGAUCCAGGUGGCAGAUAUUGGCGUCGGGAUUUCAGGCCAAGAGGGCAUGCAGGCCGUGAUGGCCAGCGACUUUGCCGUGUCGCGGUUCAGGGACCUCCGCAAGCUACUGCUGGUCCACGGCCACUGGUGCUACAUGCGGCUGGCCAACAUGGUCCUCUACUUCUUCUACAAGAAUGUGACCUACGUCAACCUCCUGUUCUGGUACCAGUUUUUCUGCGGGUUUUCGGGGACAUCGAUGACAGAUUACUGGGUCCUGAUCUUCUUCAACCUCCUGUUCACCUCCGCGCCCCCCAUCGUCUACGGCAUCCUGGAGAAGGACGUCUCGGCUGCUACCCUCCUCCGGCUGCCCGAGCUCUACCGGUCCGGCCAGGAGUCCGAGGCGUACUCACCGCUCGUGUUCUGGGUCACGCUGCUGGACGCCUUUUACCAGAGCCUGGCUUGCUUCUUUUGCCCGUACUUCGCCUACCGCGGCUCGGACGUUCACAUCUUCACAUUUGGGAACCCGCUGAACACAGCAGCCCUGUUCAUCAUCCUGCUGCACCUCGUCAUCGAGAGCAAAACCCUGACCUGGGUUUACUUGCUGGUCCUUGCUGGCAGCAUCUUGCUGUACUUCAUCUUCUCAUUGGUGUUCGGGCUCACCUGCGUGACCUGCAACCCGCCCUCCAACCCCUACGGGAUCAUGGCAGAUCACCUGUGCGACCCCACCUUCUACCUCAUCUGCGUCCUCACCCUCUGCGUGGCCCUGCUGCCCAGGUUCACCUUCCGCGUUCUUCAAGGAAGUCUCUGUCCGUCUCUGGUGGCCAAGGCCCAGCUCCUGGACAGCCUGCCUGAGGAAGAGGUGGGGGAUGCCCUGAAGACCUGGGAAAUCGCCCAGUCUGAGCGGGAAUGGAGGAGUCAGGGGCAGGCGGAUGGGAGCGGGGGGACUGAGCUGGGCCUGAGGGUGCGAGGAGCCGGCCCUGAGGGUCUGGGCCCGACGCACACCUGCCCGUAGAGGAUGGGCCGUGGCAGUGGCAGCGGGACUAAAUUCCCCAGCAGGGAUGGAGAGUGUCUCCUCUCUGCACCGAGGGUUGCCCGGCUUGAGCCACUGGCAGGCAGGUCGCCUGGGGAGCCAGGGGAGGGACACCCCUCUCUCCCCACUACUCUCUCCUCUCUCCCGGGGCCUGGCUCCCAUCCCCUGGUGGAGGGUCGGGGGGCGGAAGGAAUCUCUGGAAAAGUUUCUGGCCCGUGGAUUGCCGACGUCUUAGGCAUUAGCUCCGGCUUUGGCGGGCGGCAAUUGGCGCGGCCCGCUUUGGGAUACGGCAGAGCCUGCGAACCCCCCCGGCUCCGCUCAGGUGUCGGGGGCGGCUUCACCAGAUGAGUGCUCUGGAAAAGCCACGCCCCAGGACUCGCCGCGGGGCCCAUGCGGGAGGCCUCCCUCCACUGCUCUUCCACCACCGUGUCCAGGCAAGGUAGUGCCAGAACUUCUCCCAGUCCUGCCGUCGCAUUGGAGCCGGAGCCUGUCCUGCGGCUGAGUGUCCCAUCGGUGUGUGCGUGUGCGGUCCCGGGUCACACGGGCACGAGUGCGCGUGGAGGAGGCCGCAGACACUCUCCCAAGGUCACCCUCUGGCACUCUGGGCCCCCUUGUUUCAGGUCUUUAGAUAAAGUGGAAAAGACUGCGGGUAGGGGACCCUGGUUUUUUUUUUUUUUGAUGGGGUGGGCUCUAGGGAGAAAGAGAAUGUCUCCUUGGAGAUGGAUGGUGGGAUGGCAGCAGGGUCACCCCCUGCUGGCCGUCCACUCCUGCCUAUGUUCUUGAGAGGAUCGGGGCAGAAAGGCUACUGUGGCUGUAGAGGAAGGGACUCGACCAAGUUGUGUAGGGUCGAGCUGGCCAGGGAACCUGGACCCAAAGAUCACCCCGAUGGUGGGGGGGGUGGGGCGGGCAGAAGCGGGGCUCAGGGGUGUCAAAGGGUCCAAGAGAAGAACUGACCUAACGGUGGUCAUGCGGGCUCAGGACCACAGUGACGGGCCGUAUCCCAGAAGUGGGGGCGCAGGGGGACACUGGAAGGCCACUUCCGAUCCCCUGCAUGGGGAGCGAGGCUCUAACUUGGUGGUGUCAAGGGAGGAAGGGUCUCAACGUGUUGCACUGUAAAACCCUCAGGUUCUUGGAGCUGGCGGCUGGGCCGGGGCUCCUGGGGCUCCCGCGGGACCCCCUUUGCCCAAGGGACUUGGGGUAGUCUUCCUUUUUUUACAGAUUCUAUUUUCCAAUGAUUCCCAAACUGCAGGCGCUCAGUCCAGGUUAUUGUAAGAUUGAAUAAAAUCAAUUUUAUUAA